AUGGCGGCGCCGAAUUCUCACCCUCCUCCUCAGGGCAGGAGGUGUGAAAGGUUGGAGGGUGAGGUCAACCAGCCAGAAACGCUGUGGUACGACGAAAAAAAAUAUGUGACUAUCAACUUUGUGGUUCAAAACCCCAAAGAUGUUCAAGUAGAUAUCCAGGACACAAAAGUUAUUUUAAGCUGUAAAGACGUAGAUGACAACAAUAUCUACAAUGAGAUUGAAUUUUGUAUGACAAAAGUAUUUAAAGCUGAUUCAAGGGAGAAAGUCUUUGACCGAACAAUUAAUCUCUUGAUAAGAAAAGUGAAGGAAAAUGUGGCAUGGCCUCGACUCCAGAAAGAUCUUGCAAAGCCCGCAUGGCUGUUAGUAGACUUUGAUAACUGGAGGGACUGGGAACAUGAAGAGGAAGAGGGCAUGGCAGAAUAUGAAGAUUUUGUGGAUAUGCUUAAUGAAAUGAAGAACAAAGGAGAGCCUCCUGCCAUGGAUGACCUGGACGAUCUUAGUGACUGAGUGAGCACCAAUGCCCCAGAUGAGCCAUUACAGUUUUCUUAAAUGUUAUAUGUGCAGUAAAAGCCAAUUCACAUUGGCCUGAUAAAUUAGCAAUAUACUGCCACGGACAUUGUGAGCUAGACUUAUAUGUAUGACAUGGAUGUAAUAUGAAACUGUCUUUUUUAAUCUUAUUUUAUUUUAUUUAGAUUUUAUUUAUUUCCUUGCAAAACAAAUCAUCCUUGCUUUGUCAGAAACAAAAUUAGAUGUGUAUUUUCUCUUUGUGAUUUUAAAAAUCCAACUAAAGAAAUUGUUUACGUUUUUCAUAUGCUGUAUAUGUAUGUGUUUUCUACAUUAAAGAGUUCAAAAUCU